AUGGAGGAUGUCGAAGAAGAGCGCUCACCGAUUCAGUCUGACAAACAAUUUACAUCAACGUCUAAUACUCCAAAAACAUCAUCUAUUAAGCACGAAUUACGAGAAGAAGGGAUCGAUAGUGACCAGGAAGAAUAUUUGUACGAAGAGAAUGAUUACACGGAAGAAAAACGAUUAAUCGAUGAACUUGAACUCCAGGAUAUAGUUGGUGAAGAUCCUUGUAUGUUUGAAAUAUCAAAUAUUCGUCUAUUAUAG